UAGGAUCGGACAGGACUCGAGGGUUAUUCGAAGCGCGAACAACAUCUAGUCUGAAUUUGUCUACCGCUCGAUUCACAUACGUGCUCGUUCGUUUAUUCAUCGUGACACCGGUGUGAAAAACAUUUAUUGACCGAAAGUAUCCUGCGAUCACGACUUAAACAAGAAUGAAAGAAAAACGUAACGAAGGAUCGGAACAUGAGGUGUAACGCGUUUGCUUACGCGUUCAUACGACCUUAACGUUAUUAUUAUUCACAUUGCGAAUCGAAGAAUCAAGAAUGGCGCUCGUCGUUAUUGUGAAGAAUUUUCAAGGAUUGAAAUGUAAAGGGGACAAGAUUGUCAAGGUUGAUUUCCGGGGUGUUUCUCAUUAUUCAAAAUGUCUCGAAGAAAGCGGAGAUUAUAUUUCGGUAGAUGAGAGUUUCACUUGGAACUUGGGAAGACCGGUGGAUGAAGUGGAAGUGUUGCAAUUGUCAGUGAUAUCGCGAGGAGUUUUGAAAAACGAAAAGGUGCUCGCGAAAUAUGGUUUGGUUUUACAGACAGUGGUGCGAGAAGGACGAAUCGAUAUUACGGAUUUUUUAGUGGACUUGAAUAACAAACCACUUCCGACCGUCGUCUGCUUCGAAAUUCGAUACAAUCCGCCCGACGGAAGCUGCAGCUCGUAUGCGGCGUCCGAAAUAAUGGAGGAUGAGCAACAGAUACUGAUCGACAUUGAGCAAAACAUAGCGAAUCUCGAGAAAAGCCUGGAGCAAGCUAAUACCGCCGCCGAAGCUGGAAAAAGGAAAGGAUCUUGGCACAGUCCUCAAAAGGCUUCGAAGCGGGGUCUUCUUCAAAGGGGUAGCUCGUUACUGACGGAUGAAAAGUCACCUGAUCGAAAAAGUAAAAGUUCAACGUUGAAAAGCAUGAAAUCGUUCAUAAAAUUGGGUAAACAGAGGCCGCCUAGAACUCGAUCCUGCGACAGUGGCUCGGAUACUAGCGAGUUACUGGACAGAAGAGACUCGAGCUGUCCGACAUCGAACGAGCCUUCAAGAACGAAUUCGAUGACUUCUUUGGAGACGAACAUCUCCGAUUACGACACUCAAGUUGGAUCAAACACGACAGAAGUUCAGGACGUGAUUGUAAAGUCGACGAAAAAAUCAAAACCAAAGACGAUCGACACAGGGCAAACAGCGUUAAAGGCGCAAGAUUAUCAAGUUUGCAUCACCAUUAUCGAGGCAAGGCAAUUGGCGGGACUGAACAUGGAUCCGGUUGUUUGCGUGCAAAUAGGAGAUCAACGAAAAUACACCAGUGUCAAAGAAUCGACGAACUGUCCCUAUUACAACGAGUAUUUCGUCUUCGAUUUUCACAUGUCACCUGUAAUGUUGUUCGAUAAAAUCAUCACACUGUCGGUGCAGCAAUCGCGGAAUCUCUUACGCGCUAAUCUAACGCUGGGCAGCUUUAAGUUAGACAUCGCGACCGUGUGGGCGCAACCAGAUCACCAAUUCUAUCACAAAUGGGCGUUGCUGACGGAUCCGGACGACGUGGCAGGUGGGCCGAAGGGCUACUUGAAAUGCGACAUAAGCGUGAUCGGGAAGGGCGACACGGUGAAAAUUCCGCCGAAAAGCGAGAAGGACGAGGACGACAUCGAGGGUAACCUUUUGCUCCCGGACGGCGUGCCCAUAGAGAGGCAGAGGGCGAGGUUUGUCGUGAAGGUGUACAGGGCCGACGGAUUGCCGAAGAUGAACAGCAGCAUAAUGGCAAACGUGAAAAAGGCGUUCACCGGCGAGGUGAAGGACCUCGUCGAUCCAUACGUUCAAGUCUCUUUCGCUGGAUUGACCGGUAAGACGAGCGUGAAGAGGCACAGUUACGCGCCAGUUUGGAACGAGCAGAUCAUUUUCACGGAGAUGUUCCCACCCCUGUGUCAAAGGAUCAAGAUUCAAUUGUGCGACAACGAUCCGGUUCACGCGACCGUGAUCGGCACGCACUUCGUCGAUUUGAAGCAGAUCAGCAACGACGGGGAGAAAGGCUUUCUGCCCACGUUCGGCCCGGCCUUCGUCCACUUUUACGGAAGCAUUAGGGAUUACAGUAUCAUAGACGAGCAUUCGACCUUAAACGCUGGAUUAGGAGAGGGAAUUUCUUAUAGAGCAAGAUUAUUAAUAGCUAUUAGAACAGAAAUAAGCGAUAACGUAGAGAUGGCUCCGUCCGAGGUCGAAGUGGAACCGACGAUACCCAUAAACGAAUCCGCAUAUACGAGGAACGAGGAGUUUUUCCUCUUUGCGACGAUAAUGGACGCCACGAUGAUUGACAAGAAGCUCGGCGAUAAACCGUUAUAUUUUGAAUUGUCGAUAGGAAACGCAGGGAACGCCUUGGACGGUCACAAUGAAAGCUCGAAGAUAUGCGAGAUGGGGCCAAAAAGUGGAACGAGCAGCGAUCAAGAGGAGCUUCAGGAAGUGUUGAGCGGAUCUUGGCAGAGUACCACUCCAUCUUGCAAGCCAAUGACUCAUGACAAAAUUUAUUAUUUUCUGCCGUAUUGGGACGAUAAGCCAUGCCUUCAUGUCAGAAGCAUCUGGCCCGAUUAUAGGCGUAGAAUGUACAAUAGCAAUAUAAUCAGUAAAAUUUCUGAUAAAUUGGAAGAAGGAUUAUCGGAGGUUCAAUCGCAUAUAGAUGAUUGCUCAGGGGAGAAAAUUUUAAAAUCCACGUUAGAAGAAUUAACUAGCAAUUGUAAUCGAUACGUGAGCAUCAGUAAAUCGAGUGUCACCGGGCCAGGAGUUGGGAAAACGAAACUCGACAAGGAAAGGACGAAAUUGUGUCAAAGAGAAUUGGAAGGUAUAGGAAUGAUGUCACGGAAUCUUAAAGCUGUUGUCACUAAGAGUAGCUUCAAGGAAAGAUUGAAGACGGCUCAAGGGUAUUUGCAGAAAUUAAAAUUUCUGGUCGAGGACCCUCAAGAUUCCCUCCCGGAUGUUUUUAUUUGGGUAAUUAGUUCUGGACGACGAAUCGCAUAUCAUAGAAUACUGGGAAGAGAUUUAAUUUAUUCGAUCGUCGAUGAAGAGUGUGGUAGAUAUUGUGGAAAAGUUCAAACCAUAUUUCUCAAACUUCCAGGCAAGAAACGGUUUGGUCCUUCAGGUUGGACGAUACAGGGAAAAUUGCAGAUUUAUAUGUGGCUUGGUAUCUUGAAACACAAGAAAUAUUUCACUCAAGGCUUGCCAAAGGGAUACGAACUUAGUCACGAAUUGAAAAACGUGGACAGACCGCGUGCUUUACCACCAAUCAUUAUUCAUUAUGUUGAAAAACACAAGUUCCAGUUAAGAGCGCACAUGUAUCAAGCUCGGUCUUUGAUCGGCAGCGAUGCAUCCGGCCUUUCCGAUCCCUUUGCAAGAGUGAUUUGCGGCGAAUUUUGCAAGUCCACUCAAGUAAUCGACGAAACCCUGAGCCCUACAUGGGACGAACUUCUUCUUUUCGACGACAUCUUGAUUUACGGGACUGGCGAGGUUAAAAAGGAUCCACCGUCCAUCGUCAUCGAACUGUUUGAUCAAGAUAAAGUGAGUCAUUUUGUAACUAUGGACAUAACACUGCAUGAGGGCUCUGCUUUAACAGGCAAAUCUGAGUACAUAGGUCGAGCGGUUGCACGACCUCACGUAAAACUCGCCUCAGAAACUUACACACCACCGAGGUUUCCACCUUCGUUGGAAUGGUACGAUGUAACAAGAGGUGCUGCAAGAGCGGGCGAACUUCUUGCCGUUUUCGAAUUAUUGGAAUAUCCUUCGACGAAAGAUUAUGGCUUACCUACAUUGCCAGAUCCGAAAGAGAUAAUAACCCAAACUCCUAUUGUGACUCAGGACCAGGGACCAAUUCUUCCAGUUCCUGUUGGUAUUCGACCAACUCUAUCCAAAUAUCGAAUCGAAGUUUUGUUUUGGGGUCUAAGGGAUCUAAAGAGGAUACACUUGAUGACCGUGGACAAACCUCGAGUGGAUGUCGAAUGUGCUGGCCAUAUUCUCUAUUCUUCGGUUAUAACAAAUGCAAAAAAGAAUCCAAAUUUCAAUACACCGGUGAAAUUUUUAGAGUUGGAAUUACCGGAACAAGAACUUUAUCGACCACCUUUAACCAUCAGAGCUGUAGAUUGCAGAAGUUUCGGUCGUUAUACCCUUGUUGGAACGCACACGAUAAAUUCGAUCCAUAAAUAUAUGUAUUGUCCGCAAACGAAGAAAGCGAAAGAUGUAGAAGAAAGAAGGAAAAAUUUGUAUCAGUUGCAACAAUAUACAAGUUUCGAUACAUCAAAAAUCAAAUAUCAAUACGCAUCUUUACCGGAAUCUUUAACCGAUCUUGAAUUUAGUAUCGGAGAUGCGAUCAUUACUCUAGGCCUAGAGCAAGGUUGGCCAACGAAGAGAGAUAAAACGGAACAGAACAUAAAAAAGAAGCAAAGUUUAGUCAAUGAUGGAAGUAUGGGAGAUUUCAGUAUUUUCGAAGACGAGGAAGGUUGUCAAGAUUGGUGGACGAAAUACUUUGCCUCUAUCGAAGCUAUGAUAGAAGAGAAUAAGGAACUUCGUAGAGAGAAACCAAUGUUUCAAACACAAGCGAAUGGUACUGUUCUAAAUUACAUGGAGGAAAAUUGCAAUCAAAAUCAAAUGAAUCCAUCGGGUGACAAGAGUCCUGGUGUUACCGCGAAAAAAUUGUUUGGCCUAAAGUCGACAGCGAAUACAGCGAGAUUUGUUUCGAAGCUUAGUCCUAAGCAAACUUAUCAGAAAUUUCCAAAAACAGCGCUGUUGAAAAUUUAUCCGAACGAAUUAGAAGCUCAACCAGAAUUCGAACAAUUCAAGGAAUGGUUGCACACAUUCGAAUUAUACAGAGGAAAGAAAACUGGAGAUGAGCCUGAAGACGAGUCUAGAAUAGUUGGAUGUUUUAAAGGAGCGUUAAAAGUUUAUAAAUGGCCUCUUCCUAAAGAUUUAAUAGAUCACACGGUUAUGGGUUUCGACCCGCAAUUUGGUUUUUUUCAAGGUGUACCUUCGAACGAACCGAUUCAUGUAUUGGUACGAGUCUAUAUUGUUAAGGCAAACGAUCUUCAUCCUUGUGAUUUGAAUGGAAAAGCUGAUCCGUACGUCGUUCUGCAACUAGGCAAUAAAAGAAUCAGUGAUAAAGAGAAUUACGUAUCAAAACAACUUAAUCCUGUUUUUGGCAAGUGUUUCGAAAUAGAAGCAACUUUUCCACAGGAUUCGUUGUUGACUGUCCAAGUAUUGGAUUGGGACUUAGUCGGUACUGAUGAUAUGAUCGGUGAAACAAAAAUUGACCUAGAAAAUAGAUUUUAUAGUAGACAUCGUGCUACUUGUGGAUUAGCCAAAAAAUAUGACGAAUCUGGUUACAAUAAAUGGAGAGAUGCGAUGAAACCAACGCAAAUCUUGUCGAAACUUUGUAAAGAGGGAAAGAUCGAUGGACCAGUAUAUUCGCACGGAAAAGUAUCAAUUGGAAGAAAAACGUUCUCUUUGUCUAACGAAGAAAUGGAAUGUUAUGUUCAUUCGAAAGGCAUAGAAGAGCAUCUUGCAUUGGCAGUUCUUCAUCAAUGGCAUGCUCUUCCAAGAAUCGGUUGUGCCUUGGUUCCCGAACAUGUGGAGACACGUCCACUUUAUAAUCCCGAAAAACCAGGAAUCGAACAAGGAAAGUUGGAAAUGUGGGUUGAUAUGUUUCCCAUGGAUAUGCCUUCACCAGGACCGUCGAUCGAUAUUUCACCGAGAAAGCCUAAAAGUUACGAACUUCGGAUUGUUAUAUGGAACACAGACGACGUUGUAUUGGAAGAUGAUGCGUUUUUUACUGGUGAAAAAAUGAGCGACAUUUAUGUCAAAGGAUGGUUAAAAGGUCCAGAAGAUUGCCAGUCCACAGAUAUUCAUUAUCGUUCUUUAACUGGAGAAGGAAAUUUCAAUUGGCGUUUUAUAUUUCCGUUUGAUUAUCUCGUAGCAGAAGAGAAAAUUGUUAUCAAUCGCAAAGAGAGUCUUUUUAGCUGGGACGAAACUGAAUGCAAGAUUCCAGCUCGUUUAGAAUUACAAGUUUGGGAUGCAGAUCACUUUUCAGCCGACGAUUUUUUGGGUGCUAUUACUCUUGAUUUAAAUCGAUUUCCUCGAGGUGCAAAGAAUAGCAAACUCUGUACAUUAAGCAUGUUGAAGACCGAUGGAUCUGUGCCAACUGUAAAUAUUUUCAAACAAAAACGGAUAAAAGGCUGGUGGCCUUUCUAUGUCAAAAAGGAAAAUGAGGAUAUGGAAUUGACGGGUAAGGUAGAAGCUGAAAUUCAUUUAUUGAGUAAAGAAGAAGCUGAAAAAAAUCCUGCAGGAUUUGGAAGAAAUGAACCGGAUCCACUUGAGAAACCAAACCGACCUGAUGCAUCUUUCAUGUGGUUCAUGAAUCCUUUGAAAUCUAUUAAAUAUAUUAUAUGGCACAAUUAUAAAUUAGCAAUCUUGAAAGCUUUUAUAAUAAUUGGUUUAAUAGUACUUGUAUUAUUGUUCUUUUAUGCGAUACCUGGUUAUUCCGUUAAAAAGUUGUUGGGAGCAUAAAAAUACUAUUUGCAAAUUUUAUUGAUAUAUAUGCUCAUAAUAUUUUAAAUAAUAAAACAUGAUAUUUUGAUAAAAAAAAAAGAAUAUA